GUGAACGACUGCCGAACCAUGUUUAAUACGUCAACAAUACAUUACACCGAACAAUUGAUAUUAUAACAAUCUAAUCAACUAAAAACAAUUUGUUAAACAAUCGUUUGGUAUAAAAUGCGACCGCAACCGAUCAUUAUCAUCCUUCCACUUUUGUCUAUAUCAAAAUAUAGAUCUUAAGUGAAAAUGGCAAGCAAAAACCUGAUCGUCCUUCUAUUCGGCGUCGCCUGCGUAUUCCAAGCCGCAAACGCAGCAUGUUGUUUAGGAGGCUGCAACCCAUGCAGACAGACAGGUUUCGCCUUCGGACCUGGAGAGGACCCGUGCAGCGCACCACCAGCCCAAGGUGCCAUGGUAGUCCGUCCUCAAGUCCUUCCCAAACCCCCAGCCUUGCCCACAAUCCCAUUGCCAGGACCAUGCGCUUGCACCAAAGCCAUCGUUAAGCCAGCCUUCGUCCCACCACCACCACCACCAACUUGCACUUGCCAAAACACUUGCGGAUGCGGAGCCGCCGCUCCCGCCCCAGUUGCCGGCUGCGGAUGCGGUGCCGCCGUCUUGAACGGAGUCCCAGUUCCAGUUGGAGACAUCCCCGAAGACUGCGUACCAAUCCAAUAUCCAACCAAGAGGUACGGAACCCCAUCCCAGCUCGCACCCGCCGAUCCCGUCUCCUUGAGCAUCGCCUACAAACUGGCCCAACAAAACUGCAUCAGAGGUGAAGACAAAUUGUCCUUCGGUUUCACCAAGUUGCCAAAGGAAGUACCAAAGGUAGUCAAGGAGAAGAACAACGUGCCAGAAGAGAACUUGUACAAACUCAACGGACAAAUCGUCGAACUGAAGAAGAUCCCAUGCGGUAACAAGAAGAGUUUAGAGGAGGAAGCCGCCGAGGAAUUGUUGGCUCUGUCCGACGAACUGGUCGAACCAUCCGAAAUCAGAAAAGUCAGCUUGGGAGAAAUCGGAUACGCACCAGCUCAAGUUGCCGCCGUACCAUUCGUCAACGUAGCCGUCGGCAACCCAUCCGAAGUAGCCGCCGAGGCCGCCCUCGCCGCCAAGCCCUGCAACGACGGAUUCGUGCCCGGAAACGUCAGCUUCAAAACCAUGAAGAAACCCCAACCACUCAUCGUCCCCGCUCCAGAACUCUGCGACUCAUCUGAAGAGUACGAAGUGCCAUCAGCCCCAGCACCAGCCCCACCACCACCACCACCGGCAUUCUCCUUCUGCCAGUCCACCAACAAAGCCGCCUCCGGCAAGAACAUCAUCUUCCAACAGUUGGGCUCCUCCUGCUUGUAAAUCGUGACCGCCGCAACUUCCAGUCCAUAGUCUUCUUCAAAAUUCUCCUCCGUUGAUGCCACAAGGCUUCCAAAUUUACAUACAUCACAUCAAUCUAAAUUUGGAGGCGUUCCGCUUCAAGGGCUUCAAGACUGAGAUCCCAAGCAAUCAUACCCCGUCUUUGUUUUUUUUAUUUUUUCUAAUUUUUGAAUCUCAUCUGUGAUAUUAGCUGUAGUAGUUCAUUCUUCUCAUCCUUGACUGUUUUGUUUUUGUUUUUGUAGUGUUUUAUUUUUUGUUUGCAUAUUUUGUUUGAUUGUUCCUUUCAAUUUGUUUAUAAACAUUUCAUUCAGUUGUAUGGUUGCCUGAGAUACUUUGAUUAAAUAUAUAUUUUUUUGGCUUUUUCACCACAUUUUAGUGUUUUAUUGCAUUGAAUACGAUUCAUCAACGUUUAUUUAUAACAGUAAACAAAAUACAUUGUGCAGAAAUUACA